AUGAUAACUUUGACAAAAGUGCCAUUAGAAGAAAAGAAUGAAAUACCUACAAUAGAUAAAAUAUUGAAGCAAGUGAAUGAUGAUGAGGACCUGCCAAAUUUUAAAAGAUCUACGUUCCAUAAGCUGUUGAAAGAACUAGACUUUCGAUUUUUGAAAAGAGGAAGGAAUAGUUUAUUGAUAGAAAAGGAGGAAAUUGUUAUCUGGAGGAGAGAAUACCUUAGAAAAAUUAGGCAAUUCCGCGCUGAAGGAAGAAAAAUUUAUUACUUAGACGAAACAUGGGUGAACGCGGGGCAUACGCAGGGAAAGGUUUGGGCUUUUUUAGAUGGCCUUUCGACGGGAUUGAAAAAUCCUGCAGGUAGCGUAGAUGGAUUUGUUCCUGAAGCAUUGUGGGCAUUUGAAUCCAAAAAAACUGGAGACUAUCACGAAGAAAUGGAUGGUAACUCAUUUGAAAAUUGGUUCAAAAAAAUUUUGCCGACACUUGAUGAUAACGCAAUUAUUGUGAUGGAUAAUGCCCCGUACCACUCCAGAAAAUUGGAAAAAAUUCCAACAAUGGCCACCAAAAAGGCAGACAUUCAACAGUGGCUUUUACUGUCUGUUUUCGGCAACGAAGCACCACAUCAGUCGACAAUUUUCCGUUGGUAUGGAGAAUUCAAACGUGGACGGUUGAGUCUUAGCGACGAACCCAGGGUGGGUGCACCAAAAACGGCAGUCACCCAGGAAAACGUCGAUGCUGUGCGCAAACUCAUCAUUGAAGAUUUACAUCAGCCAGGGUUAAUUGGUGUCAAAAAACGCUUGCCCAGAAACUCAAAAAAUGUGUACAGCAUUGUUAGUGGUAAUGAAUCGUGGAUUUACUGUUAUGAACCAGAAAAUAAACGACAGUCGGCUGUUUGGGUGUUCCAAGGUGAAGAAAAGCCAACAAAAGUCAUCCGUUCUCGAAGUGUUUCGAAAAAGAUGGUCGCGACUUUUGUGUCAAAAGCGGGUCAUAUUGCAACAAUUUCUCUUAAUGAGCAAAGAACUCUUCGAAAAAUCAACCCCGAAAGAAGAAUCAUCCUCCACCAAGACAAUGCAAGCUCGCACACAGCCCAAAAAACAAGGCAUCCCUAUCUAAGUCAUAACGAUUUCUUUACUUUCCCGAAAAUUAAAAACAGACUGCGUGGUCAAAGGUUCCAGUCACCAGAAGAGGCAGUUGAAGCAUUCAAAAAUGCCGUUUUGGAUCUGCCAGCAAACGAGUGGAAUAAGUGCUUCGGAAAUUGGUUCGAGCGCAUGCAGAUGUGUAUUCAUCUUCGUGGAGAAUACUUCGACAAACUAAUAUGGUGCAGACAACGGUCAUUCUGGGAUCAGGAAUGGAACAGUAUUGUCUUUAGUGACGAGUCUCGAUGUUGUUUAGGCAUGCACGAUGGUCGUGCCAGGGUUAGAAGGCGACGUGGUGAAAGGAGGAAUCCACAGUUUUUUGUUGAAAGACAUGGUGCUAUAGCUUAUGGUUCCAGGUCACCUUUAAUCUUCAUCAGAGGUAACUUGAACGCGCAGCGUUAUAUCCACGAAGUUCUAGAACCCCAUCUUUUACCCUAUCUUGACACCCUGGCAGAUCCAACUUUCCAACAAGAUAAUGCCCCACCACAUGUUGCAAGAGUCACAAUAGACUUCUUUCAACAUAAUGAUGUCACAUUGUUAACAUGGCCACCAAGAUCUCCCGACUUAUCCCCAAUUGAGCACGUGUGGGAUAUGAUGGGUAGGAGAUUGCUCAAUUUGCAACGUCCUCCUCAGACUCUAGAAGCACUUCGAGAGGAGUUGAUGGUUGCCUGGAAUGAGAUACCACAGGAGGACAUUGACCACCUGAUCAGAAGCAUGCCUAGGCGCGUUGGAGAAUGCGUAGCACAUCAGGGUGCAUCCACGCAUUAUUAA